AUGCCGAUUGGGGAAGUAUGCAAAUGUUUCAUUCGGGAGGUUGGGAGCUAUAUGUGGCGCGACAUUGCUUUCGAUAAGGACACAUGGAAAGAAGUUUCUGAAGCCGAAAGGGUGUCACUAAACAAUCGGAUAUACACACAGUAUAGAGGUCGCAAACAUACUGCAAAAUCUCGUUUGACUGAUUUUGAAUGGGAUGUGGAGGUAGCAAGGGUUCAAGCCCCUGAUGGUACGGAUUUGCAGCUUUCGAGUGAUGUUAUUGACCACUUUUUAACAAAAAAGCAUCAAAAACGAUCCGCUGAAAACAAAAAAUGUCGGAAGAAGCAAGUAGUUCACAAUCGUGGAGGGACGUACAGCUACGGUAGUGCUUGUUUUAAGAACAUAAGUUAUAAUAAUGUUUAUUUAGUGAAUAAAAAAAGGGAAUUUGUUGAUCCUUUAGUUGAAGACCAAUACAAUGCUUUAGUUGUUGAGGUUGCUUUACAGACUCAUCACAUAGCCGACUCCGGUGGUGAUGCACAUUAUAUUAAUUGGAUUGUAAUAUUUGAGAAAGUGUUAGGUGCUCGAAGAGGACAUGUGAGAGGCAUUAGGCCUAAACCUCCUUCUACAGCGGGAUGUUUUUCUUCAAAUCCAGCAUUUGUGAUGGCAAUUGGAAAUAUUAUUUGCUCGUUUAAGAACCAAGUCAACAACGAGGAAAACAAAGAUGGGAAAGGAGAAGACACAUAG